AUGUCACUAUUUGAUGCAGAUACAUCUAAAAACGAUGCUGAUAAUAUUGCCGUUCCUGUAGAAAAACGGGCAAGAGUGGAAUUACCAGCAGAAGCUAGCCAUAGUAAUGUCCAAACAGUUUUGUCGAAUAUAUUGUUAAGUAGUGAUGAAGACGAUGAUAAUACCACAUCUGAAAAAUGUGCAGUUUUUGACAAAUUUGUUGUAAUGAAAAGUAUACUAAAUGAGUUCAAUAAAGAAAAACGUAUAAGUAUUAGCGAUGAUCCGUUAUUGUGGUGGAAAGUAAAUAGAAAUACAAAAUCAGCCCCUUCAAUCAAUUGCCCGCCAAUAUUUGUCGUGUCGAACAGGCUCGGUAGCGAGCGAACAACUUUUUAG